AUGAACCUACUCCCCGCCGAAGUACUCGCCCAGAUCAUCGAGGAAGCAUGGGCACUUCCUCUUACCCCCAUCGAACGACUCCGAAUGACGACAUCAUCUCAACUCGUCAGCAAAUCGUUCGCUUGGGAAUUCACACGUGUAUUCUGCACCGACGUACACGUCUUCUCACCCUCUCAUCUCAACCAUGUCAUCUGCCGCAUGCUUCAACGAGACACCGCAUCGUUCCGGUCGAUCGACUCGUCCUUUUCACCGACAUCAUUCUGUCGGUCUAUCGCUUUCGUCCUCGAAGUCGAUCCCGAUGGCUUCAAUGCCGUAACGCACCCAGUAUCCGACGAAAUGCACGAUCUCAUGCUGGUGCUUCCCCAAGUCUUUCCCAACGUCAAGCGGGUAUCGAUGAACUAUCACAACUGGUGGUAUAACGACUCUUCGCUCGCACGACUCCAGCUACCAGAACAAGUUACUGAGCUGGAAAUUGCGUAUACGCAUAGCAAACGGUACCUACAAGAGCGUCUGGAGAAGAACGCAAAGUUGGACGUCAUUCCACCCUACGCCUUACCCGGAGUGAAGAAGUUGACAAUAUGGGGAGGGAAUCGCCUGUUCACCAGCCAAAUAGCGCAGGCUUGUUACAAUGCUCAUCCUGGCUUAUGA